AUGGUGAUAGAGCGCUCUGCAGACUUUGGUCGCUCCUGGAGACCGUACAGAUACUUUGCUCAGAACUGCUCCAGGACGUUCCCUCAGGUCCAGACCGGCUCUCUGCUCCACAUCAGCCAGGUGGUCUGCGAGGAGCGCUACAGCGACAUCGAGCCCUCUACUGACGGAGAGGUCAUUUACAAAGUUCUGGACCCUGCCAUCCAUGUGAAGGACCCCUACAGCCUGGACAUCCAAGAGCUGCUGCGCAUCACAAACCUGCGAAUCAACUUCACGAAGCUCAACACUCUGGGCGACGACCUGCUGGACCGGCGCUCGGACGUGCUGCAGAAGUAUUACUACGCCAUCAAAGAGCUGGUGGUGCGCGGCAGCUGCUUCUGCUACGGCCACGCCUCUGAAUGUGCACCUGUGCCAGGGGUGAAGCAGAGAGAGCCUGGCAUGAUUCACGGUCGCUGCGUCUGCAAACACAACACUGAGGGACUGAACUGUGAACGCUGUAAAGACUUCCACCACGACUUGCCCUGGAGCCCGGCGGAGGCAGAGGACGCACACAGCUGCAGGGAGUGCGAGUGCCAUGGCCACGCCUCCAGCUGUCACUUCGACAUGGCCGUGUUCUUGGCCACAGGAAACAGCAGCGGAGGAGUCUGUGACCAGUGUCUACACAACACUAUGGGCAGAAGCUGCGAGACCUGCCGGCCCUUCUACUACAGAGACCCACACCGAGACCAGAGGGACCCCCAAGUCUGUGCGGCCUGUGACUGUGACCCAGCCGGCUCUGCGGAGGGGGGAGUGUGUGACAGUCACACAGACCUGGACCUGGGGUUGAUCUCAGGUCAGUGUCGUUGCAAACCAAACGUCCGCGGUCUGAGGUGCGACGACUGCAAAGACGGACACUACGGCCUGAGCUUCAGCGACCCCCUGGGCUGCCAGGCGUGUAACUGUGACCCUCGAGGUAUCGUCCAGAUGGGGGCGCCGUGCGACCAGAUCAGUGGAGACUGUUCCUGCAAACGUCAUGUGACCGGACGACACUGCGACCAGUGUCUGCCUGAGUUCUGGGGCCUCAGCAACGACCUGUCGGGCUGCAGACCAUGCGACUGUGACUUCGGAGGAGCACUCAACAACCAACCCUUCACUGGCUUCAACCACACAACAGACGUCACCUUCACUGGCUUCAACCUCACAACAGACGUCACCUUCACUGGCUUCAGCCUCACAACAGACGUCACCUUCACUGGCUUCAGCCUCACAACAGACGCCACCUUCACUGGCUUCAGCCUCACAACAGACGCCACCUUCACUGGCUUCAGCCUCACAACAGACGUCACCUUCACUGGCUUCAACCUCACAACAGACGUCACCUUCACUGGCUUCAGCCUCACAACAGACGUCACCUUCACUGGCUUCAGCCUCACAACAGACGCCACCUUCACUGGCUUCAGCCUCACAACAGACGUCACCUUCACUGGCUUCAGCCUCACAACAGACGUCACCUUCACUGGCUUCAACCUCACAACAGACGUCACCUUCACUGACUUCAGCCUCACAACAGACGUCACCUUCACUGGCUUCAACCUCACAACAGACGCCACCUUCACUGGAUUCAACCUCACAACAGACGUCACCUUCACUGGCUUCAACCUCACAACAGACGUCACCUUCACUGACUUCAGCCUCACAACAGACGUCACCUUCACUGGCUUCAACCUCACAACAGACGCCACCUUCACUGGAUUCAACCUCACAACAGACGUCACCUUCACUGACUUCAGCCUCACAACAGACGUCACCUUCACUGGCUUCAACCUCACAACAGACGCCACCUUCACUGGAUUCAACCUCACAACAGACGUCACCUUCACUGGCUUCAGCCUCACAACAGACGUCACCUUCACUGGCUUCAACCUCACAACAGACGUCACCUUCACUGGCUUCAGCCUCACAACAGACGCCACCUUCACUGGCUUCAGCCUCACAACAGACGUCACCUUCACUGACUUCAGCCUCACAACAGACGUCACCUUCACUGGCUUCAGCCUCACAACAGACGCCACCUUCACUGGCUUCAGCCUCACAACAGAUGUCACCUUCACCGGCUUCAGCCUCACAACAGACCCUGGAUUCUUCUGCGCCGCGUUGGAUCAUCAGCGUUACGAAGCAGAAGAGGCGACAGGGAAGAGUCCGAGCAGCACGGAGCUACCGGGUCAGCUCCGCCCCCAGGCCGACACAGACUGUGUUCAGCACCUGAGUGAACAACUGCGUCGCCACCGCAGACACCGGCGUGUGGAGAACAUGCAACAAGACCGUGCAGCGCUGAGACGCAUCCGCCAGCUCCGUCAGACUCCGGACGUGCGCCCGGUCCAUCGCGAACAUUCCUCCUCUCUCCUCGUCACCUGGUCUGGACCUGGUUUUGCUCGAGUCAAAGACGGAGCUGGUCUGGUCUUCACGGUGGACAACAUUCCCCACGCCAUGGACUAUGACAUCAUGAUCCGCUACGAGCCCGAGUCCACAGAGGACUGGGAGGCCGUGGUCAGCGUGUCAUCCCUCCACCUCGCCUCUAGUCUGCGCUGUGGGAACCUGCUGCCCACGGAGCAGCUCUUCACCGUGACUCUGCCGCACCGCAGCAGAUAUGUCCAGAUGCCCCGCCCCUUCUGCUUUGAACCCUCGAACACAUACGAGAUCUCCAUCCGCUUCCAGCGCCACGGCGUCACACACCGCCACCUCACCGCCUUCAUCCUGGUCGACUCGCUGGUCCUGAUGCCCCGGUACACCGAGCUGGCUGGUUUCCAUGGAGACGGGUUGGAGGCGGAGCAGCGGCGCGAGCACAUGCAGCGCUACAUGUGUGUGGACGCCUUCCUCAUCAGCCCCACGCCGCCGCUCGCCGACGUGUGUGUGCGGCUGGUGUGCGGCAUCUCUGCUCUCAUGCACAACGGAGGCCUACCGUGUAUGUGCGACCCUCAGGGCUCUCUGUCAGGACAGUGUGAGCCAAUCGGAGGACAGUGUCUCUGUAAACCCAACGUGAUUGGACGACGCUGUGAACAGUGUGCCCCAGGAACAUACGGCUUUGGGAGCAGCGGCUGCACACUCUGUGAGUGUGACCCUGAUGGGGCCCUGUCACAUCAGUGCGCUCAGGGCAGUGGUCAGUGCUCGUGUCGUCCCGGUGCGAGCGGCCGCCGCUGCUCAAAGUGUCACCCCGGUCACUGGGGUUUCCCAUCAUGCACUGCCUGUCAGUGUAACGGCCACGCCGACAUAUGCCACGCCCACACCGGAGAGUGCACCGGCUGCAGAGACCACACGGGGGGGCACUUCUGCGAGAGAUGUGAGGACGGUUACUAUGGCAACCCGGUCCUGGGCUCGGGCGAACACUGCCGGCCGUGCCCGUGUCCCGGCGGCCCAGACUCCGCCCACUUCAACGCCCUGUCGUGUGAGGCUGACGCCCACAGCGACCAGAUCGUCUGUCGCUGCAAACCCGGCUACACCGGCUCCCGCUGUGACGUGUGUGCCCCUGGUCACUACAGCGCCCCCUCUGGUCAGUGUGAGCCGUGUCAGUGUAACGGGAACAUCGACCCUCUGGACCCGCAGUCAUGUGACCCGAGCACAGGGACCUGUCUGCUGUGUCUGUACCACACCACAGGGACCAGCUGUCAGCUCUGCCAACAAGGAUACUAUGGGAACGCACCAGAACACGACUGCAGACGCUGCUCCUGUGUCACUGCAGGCACCGUCCCCUCGUCCUGCUCCGGGGGCCUCUGUGACUGUCACCCUCAGAGCGGCGAGUGUCUGUGCCGUCCCAACGUGGCGGGCGCUCACUGUGACACCUGCGCACCAAACCACUGGAACUACGGCCGCAACACCGGCUGUGAACCAUGUGGGUGUCACCAUCUGCAGGCGCUGGGAGAGCACUGCAACCUGUUCUCGGGCCAGUGCCAGUGUCGCUCGGGCUUCGGGGGUCGGACCUGUUCAGAGUGUGAGGAGCUGCACUGGGGAGACCCUCAGACCCAGUGUCGAGAAUGCCGCUGUGACCCGCGGGGCUCUCAGUCUCCGCAGUGCGACCGUGCGUCUGGUGCGUGUGUGUGUCGUGCGGGUGUUAGUGGUGCGCGGUGUGACGUGUGCGCCCGCGGCUUCAGCGGCGUGUUUCCGGCCUGCGCCUCCUGCCACCUCUGCUUCAGCCUCUGGGACGACCUCCUCUGCGAGCUGAGGAGAGACCUGGAACACCUGGUCCUGAGGGCGGAGAAGGUCCAGGAGGGAGGCGGGGGAGGAGGAGGAGGUCUCAACCACAGUCUCAGCGCUCUGUGGGAGAAGCUGAGGAGCACGGAGGAGCUGCUGAAGGACCGCAACGAGACCGAGGAGCGAUACGAGAAGAUCUCACACAGUCUGGAGGACAUCAGGGCGGAGAUUGCAGUGGCAGACGGUCGCCUCAUGUCCACAGCGUCUCACGUGAACAGGACGUGGUCUCAGGAGACUGAGGCCAGAGCAGCGCUGAUGCAGCUGCAGCAGCGUCUACACUCUCUGAACCACACACUCACACACAAGCAAGAGCUGCUGCAAGAUCUGCUGACCGCUGGCUUCACAGAUCAGUUUCAGAAGGUCUCACGGUUCCACGCUCAGUCGAUUCAGUCUGAGCUUCGCUGUAAUGCUUCGGUCUCUGGUCCUGAGAGUCCGGUGGAACAUUCUCGUGGAACCAGGAACCAGACCCAGACCCUGCUGCAGACCGAGAGAGACCUCCUCCUGAGGAACAUCUCUGCACACAACCGCUCCCUCAGCGCUCUGCAGGAGAAGAGCCAGGACCUGCAGGAGAGAGAGAGGCGCCUCAGCGGCAUGGUGUGUGGCAGUGCUCAAGGUGUGAACGGCUCGUGCGGUCUGUGUGGGGGGGGUGGUUGCCGUGACGAUGUGGGGAAUGUGGUGUGUGGGGGGGCGGGCUGUAACGGCACGGUGACCGCGGCGAGCAGCGCCUUAGGCCACGCCCACAACGUGAGCCGCGGCCUGAGAGACGCCAACGAAGAGCUGCAGGCGGCGGCAAAGAAGCUGCAGGACUUGGUGACUCUGACUCAGGACGUGAAGACCAGGGCCUUGGACACUCUGCAGAAGGCCCAGAAGAAGAAGGACCGUAUGCAGACCUCCAACCAGAAACUCAAGGACUUCAUCAAGAAGAUCAAGGACUUCCUCACUGAGGAGGGGGCAGAUCCGGCGAGCAUCGAGACCGUGUCCCUGCAGGUCCUGUCCAUCUCGGUCCCUGUGAACCGCUCGGUCCUGGACUCAGUCUUGACCCAGAUCAAAGACGGACUCUCGAACCUGUCCAACGUGGAGGACCUGGUGAAGGACACGACCGAACACGUGGAGCGAGCACGGGACCUGCUGCAGAGAGCGGCACGAGCCAAAGCUGAGGCUGAGGGCGUGAAGGAAGCGGCCAAUCAGACGCGAGUGGCGCUGGACGUAACCACGGCAGCCAUUCAGGAAGCGACGGACACUCUGAAGGACGCCAUGAGGAACUUGAAUGCCACUAGGAACGCCACAAGUCAGGUGGCAGACCACCUCUCAGACCUGGAGCAGAAGCAGAUGGACGUUCUCUCUCGUCUCUCGAACCUUUCGUCUGGAGUAGAAACACUACACAAUAAAACCAGACUGAACCAGGACCUGAGCCAAGAGGCCAGAGACCAGUCCGAGUCCGCCCGGGACCAGGCCUCGGACCUGGGGCAGAAGCUGAACGAGUCGGCUCUGCGGUACGAGGAGCUGAAGCAGAAGCUGAGUGCGUUGGGAGGAGAGGCUGGAGGUCUGGACCAGCUGCAGGAACGAGCCAGGUCUAUGAAGGGCGAGGCCGAGAGUCUGCUGAGCCAGGCCACCGAGGGGGCGGAGCUACUGCGGAAGCUGGAGAAGAAGUUUCGCAGUAACGAGCAGAAGCUUCAGCGUCAGCGUUCAGAACUGGACGAGCUCAGAGGAAACGUGACGUUUGUGAGAGACGAGAUCCGAAACCAGGUCCAGAAGUACAGCCACUUCUUGGCUCCUCCUCUUCUCUCUGCAACAAGUGAAUCCGAGCGGAGGAGCCUGAAGUCGGCCUGUCCCCCUGACCUCCCCCUGCCUCCCCCACGACCUCCCCCACGACCUCCCCCGCAUCAGAAACACGACCCAGAGCGCUCCAAAGACCUAGACCCAGACCCACCGGAGACCGAGAGGAGCCGGCUCGCAGACGCACUUUCCCCGCAGAGAGAGGGACACAGACCCGGGACCUCUGCAGAUCCACUCGGUAAGAGCCGCGGGUCGGACCGAGCCGUGCAGGACACUGGUCUGUAG